GCAUGUGGCCUGUGGCAAGGGCUGUCCGAGAAUGGUGAGACUGCUAACACGUAGACAUUGCCUAUUGAACCUCUGUGACAUUGACAACAAAACAGCUCUCAUUCACGCCAUACAAUAUGAGCAAGAGGAAUGUGCAACCAUUCUUCUAGACCGUGGCACCGAUCCAAAUGUAAUGGACAUCCAUGGCAACACUCCUCUUCACUAUGCUGUCCUUGGCCACAAUACAGCGAUAGUGGAAAAGCUACUUUCCUGUAUGGCAAAUAUGGAAGCAAGAAAUAAGGAUGACUUCACACCACUUUCACUUGCUAAAUAUGAAAACAAAGAGAAAAUGGUGGAAUUUUUAGUAACUAGAGCUUCAAAAGUCGAUCACAUGGAAAGCAAGCAACAACUAACUUUGGAAUAUAAAGAAGAAAGACCUAUAAGAUCUUCUGAAGGUAGCAAUCUUGGGAUGCAUCUCCUAAACUCUGAGGGACCCCAGGAGGCUUUCAACCAGAGCAACAAUGGUCAGUGGCAAUUUAUCCCGGGCAAACCCUCUAAACCUGUCCCCAAGACCCUCUUUUGUCACACUUCUUAG